UUUUUGUGUACACUGUACAGGUUGGUCCCCUAGACAUGUUUGACACCCAUCAACAGCUCAUUGAACUUAGAAAGCAAGAAAAGGAGCUUGAGGUUUCACUUAGGAACAACAAAGAACAUCUUGAGAAGUUAGAACAACAAAAUGAACGGCUUGAACAUGAAGUCAAAAGACAUCAGGAAAGAGAGAGGCAUCUGCAGAAAGUGCAGAUAUUGGAGAAGAAAAAGCCUUGGGCAGAAUAUGAAGCAGCCCGUAAAAAGUUUGUGGAGAUCAAAACUGAGAAGGACAAGGUGAAGAAAAGGCUGGAAGAAGUCAAGCGUCAAAAUGCUCCAAUGCAGAAACGUCUUGAUGAAGUAACAAAAAAAGUUCGAGAACUUGAAAACUCUACUAGAGAGUUGAUGCAGAAAGGCAGUGAUGUAUUGAAAAAAGCCAAGACAAAGAGUGAACAGAUUGAGAAGAAAGGAGACAAGAUUGAAGAAUUACAGGGAGAACUGAAAGAUCUGCAGGAUGAAGAAAAGAAAAGGCAAAAACGGAUGAGUGAUCUGGAGAGGACGAUACAGGGACUUCAGAAUGAACUGGACAAUCUACCAGACCCAUCUGAUAUACAGCCUCGUAUAGACAAGAUCAAUACUGAAGCACGCCAGAAGAACCGCGAAGCGAUGACGAUUCAAAGUCAAGUUCAGGGAGUCCGUGAUGACUCAGAUCGCUUGAAGGCAUCAGUUCAAGAUAUUAAAAGCAGAAUCACUAAGUUAGAAGACAUGAAGAAUCGUCGGCUGGAAAUUCUGCGGAAUAGACAUAAGGAUACUUACAACGCUGUGAUUUGGCUGCGGGAAAAUCAGCACCGGUUUAAAAGCCCUGUCCAUGAACCAAUCCUUCUGCAGAUUGAAAUGAAGGAUGUUAGAGAUGCUAAGUUUAUUGAAAGCCUGAUCAGCCAGAAUGAUAUGCGGGCAUUUGUUUGCAGUAACAGAGACGAUUUAAAGCUUUUUCUAGCUGAGGUGCGUGACAGGCAAGGGUUAAAGGUGAAUGGAGUGGCACCACCAGAUGAACCUCUUGAAAGUUUCAAGCCAUCACGGUCAUUAAAAGAAUUGGGAAAGUGGGGUUUUUACUGUUUUCUGAAAGACCUGUUCACUGCACAUGAUGAUGUGAUGCGGUAUCUUUGCCAGAAUAACCGUAUACAUGACAUCCCUUUGGGAAAUGACUGGACAACCAAGAAUGCAGAUAAGGUUGGAAUUUACUCAUGAUAGUUGGAUGUAUAUGUGUACUUUUAUUUGUCUGUUUCAUUUGUCCUUUCAUUUAUGUAUAUGAUAAUGUGAUUUUUCAGUAGAGCCCUUUUCAAUUGAGUGUCAUAAAACCAAAACCAAAGUUAUCACUCUAGCCAGUCACAAAGGACAUAGACA